AUGUCGUCAAACCAGCUCGGCUCGGCCGAUAGGAAAGAACAGGCUCGCCAGCGCGAGAUUGAGGGGAUGCGAGACUUUGCGCGCCAGGUCACAGCGCGCCUCUCGAGGCUGAUUCAGGCCGGUUAUAAUUCAAGCCACGGCACGGAGGAGAACCCGAUCGUACUUGACGACAGUGAUGACGAUAAGGCCGUCUCGACCCACAGCGCCCGCGCAGACAACCUCGAGCCCGACGAGCUCCCGUCCACCACAUCCGCCUUGGACGGUGAGGGCCCGCCGCCAUCCGACGGCUUUUGGCCCUUGUCGCCCUACGAGCAGUACCAGAACGAUCCGCAGUUUCCCUGCCUGAGAUCUAACCUGCGCCGCAUGCCACUGCCGGACAGUGUGCCCUCGGUGCCUGUUCGCGCACCGGCGGGGCCGACAGAGAUGCACUUCGUCUACGCCGACGAACAGGACGAGUACCUCGCGCAGUGCCCAGCGAACACGGACUUCAGCCAGGUCGUCUUCAUGCCCACCAACGCCAACGGCUCCGCACCCGGCAGCAGCAACAACAACAUGAAGAACAAGGAGGACGACGAAGACAAGAAGAAGGGGAAGAAGGAUAACGGCGACGCCGACAACGCCGCCGACACAAAGAUGAGCGACCGCGACGAGAUCGACGGCGUCUACGACAUCGACGGCAACCACAUCGCCAUCGCACAGGACCUCUUCCCCCCACCCAUCGAAUCCCCAUCCAGCACCGGCGCCGACGACGGCAGCUUCGCCUCCACGCCGCCGCCGACCCCUCCGUCCACCGGCCGCUCGCCCCACCACCACCUCGGCCCCUCGGAAGCCGAACACUUCCAAAACCUCUUCAUCGCAAAGGGCCUGGCGCUCCGCGCCCGCGACGAAGCCUCGGCUUCCACCUCGACCCCGGCCUCGGCCUCGGCCUCGUCCUUCCCCGCCGCCCUCCAGCGUCCCCAUCUCCGCCCCCAUCAUCUUCCUCUCCCACCCCCUCCCACCGGCACCGGCACCGGCACCGCGUCCCCUCGCCACCUGCCUCGCUCCCUGCAACAGCAGCUCCUGCCGCCGCACCUGCUGCUCCCGCACCUCGACGACGAAGACGACUCGGUGCGCAGCCACUACGCGCAGUGCGAGGUGUGCCGCGGCAUUAGGCGGCGGGCGGUGCCGGACGGGCACGAGUAUUGGAAGGGGUUGAUGGAAGGGGUGCGGGUGGGGGGCACGGAGAGGGUGGCGCGGGAGAGGGAGGGGGCGGUGACGAGGUCGGUGAGGAGGGCUUGGGAGGAGGAUAUGAAGGAGGAGGAGGAGGACAAGAAGAAGGAUAGGAAGGGGGAGAAAUUGGAGGAGUAA